CUGCAAUGACGUAAGAGCUCUUUGCUCCAACCUGCUCUUCCCUUUGCAUGCCCUUCACACAUUUUUGCUCAGACAAGUCCGCUGUGGGUGUUUGACGACAAAGCUCCACCGCCGUUUGUCCUCCUGGUUCUUCAGCAGAUCAACGCCAUGUCUCCUACGAGUGCCGUCAUUGGUUGUGUCACCGUAUUGGGGGCUCUCUUGUGGCUCCCUUCAUCCUGGCUCAGCACCAUAUUAGCUGUACUUGGAGUCUACAUGGUCUGGCGAGGCUCCCGGAAGUUCAUCCACGUGGCUCUGUACACCUUCAAAAGAGACUUUCUAUGUCUGCUUAUUUUACUGCGAGUGAAGUUUGCCAUGUACCAAAAUACCCGAAAAAGGAGAACCAUACCUACCUUGUUUGACAAGAUGGCAGCACAGCACCCAGACAAACCCGCCCUUAUCUUUGAGCCCACAGGAGAGGUCUGGACUUUUAGGGAGCUUCAGGAGCAGUGCCAUACCGUGGCGCACUGGGCGCUGGCACAAGAGUGGGCAGAGGGGGAUGUGGUGGCAUUGUUCAUGGAAAGCCGCCUUCCAAUGGUGGCUCUGUGGUUGGGUCUGGCAAUGGUGGGAGUGGAGGUUGCGUUCAUCAACAACAACCUGCGGCUGAAUUCACUACAGCACUGUGUUAAAGUAUCGGGGGCUCGUGCACUGGUGUUUGGGAGCGAGCUAAGUGAAGCCGUGUUUGACCUAAGAGGGUCAUUGCCCUCCAACAUGGUUUUGUUCUGCAGCGGUGACCAAUUGGAUAAAGAGAAGCUCUGCGGUCUCAACGUUGAGAAUGUGGACAAUCUGCUGGCGUCGAUGCCCAAGCACCCGCCAACCUACACUCUCAAAAAGGCAUUCAAUGACAGACUUUUCUACAUUUACACAUCAGGGACAACAGGAAUGCCAAAGGCUGCAGUGGUGGUGCACAGUCGUAUUACCUGUUUCAUCAGGUAUUACCGGAUUGCCGCCUUUGGUUUCCACGCUUUCGGUUUACGACAUGAUGACAUCAUCUACGACUGCCUUCCGCUGUAUCACUCUGCAGGCACGAUCAUGGGUGUAGGUCAAUGUUUGCUCUUUGGUUUAACCGUUGUCAUCAGAAGAAAGUUCUCAGCCAGCAGGUUCUGGGAUGACUGUAUCAAACAUAAUUGCACCGUAAUCCAGUACAUAGGGGAGAUUUGCCGCUACCUUUUAGCCCAGCCGGUACGCGCAUCUGAGGCUCAUCAUCAGGUCCGUGUCGCUAUCGGUAAUGGCCUCCGUCCAUCUGUGUGGGAGGAGUUUGUUGAGAGAUUUGGAAUCAAACACGUUGGAGAAUUUUACGGUGCAACAGAGUGCAACUGCAGCCUCAUCAACAUCGAUGGAACGGUGGGUUCGUGCGGUUUCAACAGCCGUAUCCUGCCCAGUUUUUAUCCCAUCAGCCUGAUGAGGGUGGAGGAAGACAGUCGAGAGAUGCUACGUGAUGCACGGGGACUCUGUAUUCCCUGUCAGCCUGGUGAACCAGGAAUGUUAGUAGGCCGAAUCAACCACAAGGACCCACUCAGGAGAUUUGAUGGAUAUGCUGAUGAAGAGUCCACCAACAAGAAAAUAGCCCACAGCGUCUUCAGGAUGGGGGAUUCUGCCUAUGUCACAGGUGAUGUCCUGGUGAUGGACGAUUACGGUUACAUGUACUUCAGGGACCGCUGUGGCGACACAUUCCGCUGGCGAGGGGAGAAUGUUUCGACCACAGAGGUGGAGGGCGUCCUCAGCGGCUUGCUGGGACACACCGAUGUCGCCGUCUAUGGAGUUUGUGUGCCAGGUGUGGAAGGUAAGGCGGGUAUGGCAGCAAUAGCUCACACAGGAGACCACUUUGACCUUGAUGCCUUCCUGACCGCUGUACAAAAAGCCCUCGCCUCCUAUGCUCGUCCUUUCUUCCUGCGACUCACGCCAGCUGUGGACACGACAGGCACCUUUAAGAUUCAAAAGACGCGUCUGCAAAAGGAAGGUUACAAGCCACAAAACUCAGAAGAAAAGAUCUACUUUCUAAACAGCAGCGUUGGACGUUACGAGGCGGUUACCGAUGAACUAUUUGACGCCAUCAUGGAGGGACGUGUACGACUAUGAGUUUGAAGGCACUUUCUUCUAUCCUCAUGGGAGUCAUAUUCUGUAGAAACAACAAUAAUAUAUUGGUAGAAUUAAGAAUGAACAGUCCAAGAGGUCGAUUAUCAACAUAUGCAUUAUUAUGUCUUUAUAGUGUCUGAUGCUUGCUUUGCAGGCUUUAUGUGUGAGAGCACUCUCACAAUUUGAGUGUGUUCUUGUCCUCGGGUUCUCCUAAAUACUGUAUGAAUGAACAACUCAAGACAUCUGUUUGCCAUGUCUAUUUACAGAGGAUGAGAAAAUACUGGAGCUGUGGUCUCUGAGGAAAGCUUACAGAUGAAAUGUUAUGCAACAUCUCCUCCGAGAUGUCUGCUCUACCUUGAUAUCUGCGAGCAACUGUUUGGCUUUAACAGCAAUAGGCAGGCAGAUUGCGUAUACAGUACAGUACAUUUCCAGAAAUACCAAGCUAAUGUAAUUAACUGAUGGAAAAUGUCACUCCAAUAAAGCCUGUCUGAGUUAUGUUGCUGCAUUACCACCAUACGCCACAUCAUCUUGUUGAUUUCGCUUCUGAUCUCUGAUCAACAUUUACAAAAAAAAGUUUGAUCAAAAAUGUAUGAAUCCAGGUUUCGGCCCUAAAUAUGCCUCGUGCACUUAUUUGAUAAAUUUAAAGCAUACAAUGAAUAAGCACUCGCCACUAAUGGAUGGCUGGUGAUCCAUAUUGCUUGUCCGUUGAAAUUCCAUUUGAGAAUUAGGAUCAUAUAUUAACUU